AUGGUAGAAUAGGUUACCUACAAGCAAAUGAUUAAAAAAGCAAACACGCUACCCUUCCCGAUUCUGAUGAAAACCUUCAUGGCUCUGGAGGACUUGACUAGACAGUUUGGUUGCAAUAUAAAGCUUGACAUACCUGAAACUAUCAUUUGCACCUAUGACUCAUCCAUUUCUUAUCUGUACACAGAUGAGUCUGGGUUUGUAAGAUCGAGAACAGUCAAACCAGAGUUUCUCCAUGAUUUGGCUGUUAGUUUUUAUGAAAAAACAGAAGCUAAGAUGAAAUUCAGUAAUUGCAUCUAUCCCAUAUCGGUCACUAAAUUCAGCAAUGAUUAUGAUAACGAUACCAAAUUAGACUUCUUUAUCAAUUCUUUAAUCGAGAGAUUCAAUAAAAACUACUAAAAAAGUAACUUUAUCAUCCAGAGAUAUAUACCAAAUAGGGGAUUCAAUCCAUGCAUAUUUAGAAUUGAGUAUUAGAGUUAUGAAAAUUUUAGGCUGUAUUCGAUUGCUAGCAAACAGUAAAACGAUGGAAAGUUUAUGAGUUAAAGGAAAAUCAAAUCCCUAUUACAUCAGCAGAGCUAGAGCUUUCAGUAACCACCCAUCGGAAGCAAUUUAAAGAUCAAUAAUAACAAUAACCUAAGCAAAUAAUUUAUGAGCAGGAAUCCUAUUAUUAGAAUGGAUAAGUUAUUUAUUAAGAACAUACUUAUGAGUAAUACUUAUCUCAAUAAGCGAAACAUUGAAAAGAAGAGACCAGUAAAUGACAGUCUAGAAAAAAACACAAUCACUGAUGGAUUCGAUGAUGAAUCUGAUUAGGUUUCUAAGUUUGAUGAGGUCGUCAAUUAACCUAGAGUAUAUAAGGAAAUGCUAGAUGAUUCUGUCUAUGGAUUAUUCUUCAAAGUUCCGAUCGACAUGAAGGUGCAUGAAUUAAGCCAAGAUGAAUAACAAGAUCAAUAUGAUUUGUUCUAUAAUCAGACUUACAUAUAGGAUGAACUGGAUUAGUAUGCUGUCAUUAAACAAUAAUACUUAAUGGAAGAGGAUUACUUCAAACAGUCCACUAUUCUUAACAUAACUAACGAAGCGUAUGCUUCAUAUAGAAGCAUCUUGGAUUAAGCAGCAGAACUUAAGCAUUUCAUUGACUCUAGAUAUCUAUAAAAGCAAGCAAAGCAAAUUGAAAAUAUAGUGCUAGAUUUUACAACUGACUUUGUUACUAACAAAUUUACAUUGCUUUAAAUAAAGUAUGCAACUAUUAAAGAUCUAGAAAAAGAUUCUAUAGUAUUUGAUAAACUUGAUAAAGUAGUAAGAUAGAGACACACUAGAUCUAUUGAUGCUACUUUUUAAAUAGCCUAGAGUAUAGCUGUAAAAAACUCAAUAAAAUUUGAAUGCUCUGGUUAGUAUUGCAAGAUCGAAGACUUUUAAAUUAGAAAAGACAUCCCUGAGUUUCAUUAGGAAUUAGUACAUAAAAUAUCAAAGCGCAAUGACCAUAUUAAAGGUCAAGGUGGUGUUGAUGAGCCUGAGUUUAUUUUCUAAAAGUACAGUUAAAAGCUCAAAGAUAGAAGUAAACAAGCAACUGACAUUCAUAGGAAUGUAAAAUUACUUCCAGAGAUUUAGAAUUUUGAAUACUAUAUUCCCAACGCUAUUAUCAUUCUAGACAAGGACAUCAUUUAUAAAUACUAGGAAGAGCUGAUUAUCAAAUAAGAACUAAUGAAGCUUAGGGAAAACUUAAACCUCUCACUUUUUGAAAUUCAUAAAGUGUUAGAAAAGAGUUAGAAAUGUACUUGGGAAUUUUUAAACACGGAACUAGAAUAAAAGUUUAAGAACAUAAGAGUAUGCUAUAACUGCUACAGUUUCUAUGUCACUUUGCAUAAGCAUAUCAUCAAUUUUGAUGGGACCUUAGACCUCAGAAAUAUCAAGAGAAUGACGAAUCCCAGUUUUAAAGAGCUAGAAAAGAGGAAAUAAGAUGCGAAGGAAAUCGAGCAAAGAGUGAAAAUCAUGAUGAAAAACGUGAGAUUAAGAGAUAGAUCAUUAGAAAGCAUUUAAUCGAAUGCUUCAUCACCUAACAAUAUAUCUCUAAGAGAUAACGGAACUAGAUAAUCAAUGAAGCAUAUUAACAUAAAAGAAAACUCAGGCCUACCUCCAAUGCCUGCUCAAAAGAAGGUAUCUCAAGCUUUAGAAAAUUAAGAUGAAGAGUAAUUGGACUCACUAUCUGACUCUAUAAAUAAGCAGGCAAGAGCCAAAGAAAUUAAAAACAAGUUCCUGAAGCUAAUGACAAAGAAUAAUAGGAUAUUAGAUGAGGUAUACUUUGGUAAGAUGGAAAGCGCACUUGACUUUAUCUUUAACGAUGAGGACGAGAUGAGGAAGCCUAUUAAAAUUUAUAGCCAUAAAAACACCAAUCCUAUUAAUUCGCAUACAGUAUCUUCACUAGCUCAUACUGCUACACCUAUUACAAGUCCUAUGAUGAUAAGCAGAGUUGUAAGGGAGCAAAGUCUUAAAAAUGAUCAGUAUGUAAAUCCUUCUUCUUACAAGUAAACUCCCUAGAUGACUCCUUUGACACAGCAAAAUAAAUACAUUAUGGAUAGGCAAGAGACUAAUAAAGAAAAGAAAAGUGUUGAGGUAAUUGCUCCGUAGAUAUUUCCAAUUGAAGAAAUCAAGUUUGAAUUGAAACUCUUCAGAAAUGAUUCAUAAGAAUCCUAGCAGCCAUAGCCUACUGUCAUUAAUCAUCGGCAGAACUUCCUGAGAAGGCGGAUGAUGAGUCAGGGAUAAAUCAAGCAAAAUAAUUUAAGUGUGAAUUUUGAAAUGAAAGCUCCUCAGAAAUUCAUCAGACUCCCAAUGAAGAAAAAUCUAUCAAUUGACAUGCAGAAUCAUUAUAAGAGCUAGAGUAUUGGUAUUUAAAAUAAAAUGUCGAUUCUAGAGAGACCUACAGAUAUUUCCCAUAUUUAAGAAGAACAGCAUUCUAAUUUACAUCAUUCUCAAUCAAGUGACAUAAAUGAUUUGAAAUACUCAGAUAAGUAGAUCUUAAGGCUUUACUACAAAAAUAAACUAAGUCUGAUCAUUAACUAGAAACAGACUAAGGAGGAUAUUAGAGCUACUGAGUAAAAGAUUGAAGAUGUGCUGAAAAAGAACAUAAACAAUUAUGACAUCUAAACUGAGCUAGUCAAAGAUACUUACUCCAGAAACGAACCAAAGAAUGUUUGGAGAGAGAGGCUUAAAGAAAAUAUCAAGAAAAAUAACAAGAUCAAAUAGAAAUCCAAAAUAGUCAAAAUGAGAAGGGUAGAAUUGAAUAUUAGUAAACAACCUACAGAGUGUUCGGAUGGCAUGGAUAAAGUAUCGACACAAAGAAUAGACAUUAACUAGCUUGACUACAACAUUCCACCUUUAUCACCAAUAAAUAGAGAUGAGAAAGAAACCCCAGAACUUAUCACAAAUAUUAGCGUUGGCUAAAGAGUUAUAUAGAGCAUGCUAGACAAAUACAAAAUUGAGUCAGUGCGGGAACUUGAAUCCAGCAAGGAAAAAGUAGGUUUAACAACGGAAAUAAUGAUGGAGUAGGCGAACUUGUCUACUGACAUGCCAAACGCUAAAUCCUCAUAGAUUAUUUGA